UCAUAAUUAAUGAUACUUUAUUGUUAUUAAAUUUAUAUUUAAUAGCAUACCGAUCACCAAUGUACAAAAGUUUAUUAAUUGUAUUUUCCCAUUACGACAAUUCACCAAAAACGAUGCUGAAUCACCGGCAUUCAUCUCGUAUAAUAAUCUGCCCUAGUAAAAAAAAAAUAAUAAUAAAAAAUAGAAAAGUGCCUGCCCAAUCGGUCGUCAACAAACAACAACACCCAUCCGAUUGACCCCCACCGACAAAGGCGACGAUAACCGAAAUUCAUUGUGCACCGCGCUAAUGUAUCAUAAUCCGGUGGUUAAAAUUUGAAUAAUUCGGCGCACACAGACCGCCCUCGCGCCCCCAUCCCUACCACCGCACGGCGGCCCGGCCGAAUCAACAAGAACGGGGAAAUGUGUGUGUGUGUGUUUUGAAAUCGCCGGCCUCGUGAUUCCAGUCGAAACCGCACCACAAUCUGGUUUGCAACCCGGAGCGAGCGGACCAACCGAUUCGCCAGUGACACGACACCGUACACCCCCGGUCACGAGACGAACGUGCGAACUGUUGUCGGGUUCAAAUUUUUGUUUUUUUUUUUGGUAAUACUUUUUGUUGUUCGUCCGGAGAAGAUGUCGUCGCCGAAGCCGGUGCACUCGCAGGAGCACAUCAAGAGGCCCAUGAACGCGUUCAUGGUGUGGUCGAGGGGACAGAGACGGAAGAUGGCACAGGAGAAUCCGAAGAUGCACAACUCGGAGAUUUCGAAGCGGCUUGGUGCCGAGUGGAAGCUGCUCAGCGAGACGGAGAAGAGGCCGUUCAUCGACGAAGCUAAAAGAUUGAGAGCGUUGCACAUGAAGGAACAUCCGGACUACAAAUACCGUCCACGCAGAAAACCGAAGCCACUAUUGAAAAAAGAACCCAAAUUCUUCUCCCCCUUAAUGGCCUCCUCCAUGGACAACCCGAACUUGCCCAGAAGCCUGUUGCCCCCCAUCUCCAUAGCCUCGGGCCUCCCACCUCUGUCCAGUCCGGACUCAGAUCCGUUGAAGCUGUCCAGAACGCUGUUCCCUCCGCUACCCUACCUGUACCACCCGUUCCGGCACCCGGACGACACCAAACUGGCGGCCGAGCUGGCGUUGCUGUACAGCAACAACCCCAUUUACCCGCCCAGCCUGAACUGGCCCAUCAACGGCCUGCCGUCAAACGUCAACAGCCCGUGCAACAUCUGCCCGCCGACCUUCCCCCGACGGACGCCCAGUCCUGAGGACAUGAAGCGGCCGGUGUGCGUCAUCAUGAAGAACGACGAGUUCAGGAACGAACCGAUACCGGGCCACGUCAUAUGAAAACCGCUCCCGGUUCUGCCGGAAAGGCUGAACCUGGGCACAUGGUUUAGUGAUAUCGCCAACCUGGCGACCAGUUCCAACGCCACGGCGACCGUGUCGACGGCCGACAACCGGUCCGGCCGCGACAGCAACAGUCCCUGCGACAUGACUAAUAAAAAUUGUUUUAACGGUAAUUAGACGAGACAAUCGGCGCGCGAGCUUUUGGAUUUUCGUGGGUGCGUGCGGCGAUGGGACAGUGCAAUUGUACAUUACCGGCACCAGUUUUUUUUUGUAAAUAUGUUUGUUUAUGUUUGUACAAAUGUUUGUUAUAUUUAUAUGUUAUAAGUGUAGUACAAAUUGUUUUGUUAAUUUUGUCCAGGAUAGAACAAUAUCAUUGUAGAUCAAUCAAUGUAAAAAUGUUAAUUAGAAUAAAG